AUGUGCGACCUGAAGGUGGAGAAGCCGGGCAUGGGCGGCACUUUGACCGCCAAGGAGAGGGAGUCCAUCGACUCGGUGGAGGAGAACUACGAGAGAGAGGAGAAGGAGGUGGCGGUGGCGGUGGGGAACAGAGAAAAGGGCCAGCAGGAGGGAGAGGAGGAGGGGAAGGAAAAGGAGGUGAAAGAGGAGAAAGGGGGUCAGGAGUUGGAGGAGCUCAGGGCCCAGGUUGUACAGUUACUGCUGGAGCUGGAUGAGACCAGGGAACUUUCCAGGAAACAUGAGGAGAGUUUCCUGGAGCUACAGGGUCUGCUGGAGGAUGAACGACUGGCCAGCGCCCACCAGGCGGAGAGCUUCACUCGACAGAUCCAGAGACUACAAGCACAGCUGCACUCUGUGCAGGAGGAGAUGGACAGCCUGGAGGAAGAGAAGGAGAGCGAACUCAGGGAGGUGCAGGAGGAGCUGCGCUCAGCCCAGGAAGAGGUCCUUGUGCUGCAGCAGGCUGCCGAGGAGGCGGCGGCAGAGAGGGAGAACGACAUAGCCUCCCUGCAGGAGGAGCUAUGCCGGAUGCGGGCCGAGCUGGAGCGGCUCCGCUCCGUGGCUCAGGAGUACGAGCUGGAGAUCACCACGCUGAGAGCUGAGAUCAGCAUGAAGAGCCAGCAGAGAGAAGGGGAGGAUGAUGGUGAUGUGAGCCAGCUAAAGGAAAAGUAUCGCUUACUGACAGACGAGUUUCAGAUGCUGACUGACGAUAACAAACAGUUGAGCAACAAGUUAAAUCAGCUUCAGCAGCAACAAGCCGGGACUGAUGACGUGUACCUGGCCUUGAGAGAAGAAGCAGAGGUGGAGUGCGAGCAGCGGCUGGCUGAGGAGGACCUGGUGAAGGCCGAUGGCUACAUCACUUUAUCCCAGUCGGAGCCCAAACAACAGGAGGAUGCUGCUGCACAGAAGAACACAUCCUUUGACGGAAAGCUAGCCUCCCGGACCAGCUGCCCAACAGGGAGCUUGGAGGUCAGCUCCCUGAAGGCCCAGCUUCGACAGGCUGAGGAGAGAGCCCAGCAAUGUGAAGGGCUGAAGGGGGAACUGGCAGAGCUACAGCAGCUCUAUGACAGCAGCCAGCGAGAAAGGGCGGAGCUUGAACAGGAACUGCAGCACUGCAAGGUGGAGCUAGAGAGGCUGGUUGGCCGAAAGGCAAAGAACUGCGCUCCUCCAUCUGAGCCCCCUGUUCUCUCCAUCCCCUUCAUAGGAAUGAUUGUAAUAAUGGCCUUGAUAUGGUGCUGGUGGGAGGAGCUGGCAUCCUAG